UCAGUUCACAUCUAGAACCCGAACAGGAGAGAUCAUAGUCCGAACUGAAAAAACCCUAGUCAUUCCACUGAUAUCAACUGAACUUCGAUAUGUCGAACAAGUCUAAGGCAAAUCUACCUGGAAUCAACGCAACGCGUUCCUCUUUCCAAUACGAGUUCCUCAUGCAGGAGCAGCCUCAGCAGCCGCGUGGCUCCAAUGUGGAGUCUACAGAGAUGCAGGUCUCGCCAUCGAAUAUGGUGGAUCAGUCUACCCAGACGGAUAUCUCCGGACCCAUGACGUCCGAACAGUACGAUAUUAGCUUGCAUUUCGGCAUGCUGGGCUUGAAGCAGCGAGUUCCUACCGAGAAGAAUCUAACUGCGGUACCAGAGAAUCAGGCAGGGAAAAAUCCAUUUGGGGAUCCGCUUGCUAAGGAAGAGAAUCCCAAUCCGCCCACCGUGGCGACCAGGAAAGGGCGUAAACGAAAAGGAAGCCCGAGCCCAUGUUCUCCAAUUGCUGGAGUACAUACAUUUUAGCUGCAGUCUUCAGACUCGUAUUGGCCACUUUGUGGCGAUGCGGUGAAUCAAUACCGCUACAUUUACUCUUCGAAGGAUGCAGGACAUUGAUGUACAAUUAUUUGUUUUGUUACAUUUAAUUAAUUUUUGUACUUAAUAUCACCUGCCGCUCAUCGUAUGAAUAAAUGAAUAAAAUAUAAAAAUAAAA